AUGAGUGCCUCAAUUGUAGGCCAACGUCGGUCAUUCGAUGGCCACUUGUGUACCAUUCGCUACGUGGGCACUGUUCAAGGCACCACAGGCGACUGGUUGGGCGUUGAGUGGGACGACGCAAUUCGGGGCAAGCAUUCAGGAGAGCAUAAAGGGAUCAGAUAUUUCUCAUGCAAAAGCAACAAGCCUACAGCGGGGUCUUUUGUUCGCCCCUCCAGGCCAUCAGAUCAACCCCGGAGCUUCCUUGAAGCUUUGAGGGAGAAGUACGCUUCUGAGUUUGAAGAUCUCUCUUGCUUGAAUAUCAGCGAAGCAUCUCGCAAGAAGGCAAUUCAAAUCAGCGGAAAAGUCGUUGAAGAAGUCGGCUUCGACAAGAUCCGCAAGCAACUCGCGGAAUUGAAAGAGCUGCGCAUUGUCCUACUCGAUGGCCUCCUAAUUGCUGGCGUACUUCCAUCCUAUGACCAGGUACAGGAUCAAGAUGCAGCCCAAAAAAUUGCAGAGACUUGUCCCAAGAUCAUUGAAUUGGAUCUCAGUCGAAGUUUGUUGAGCCGGUGGCGCGAUGUUUGGGAGAUUUGCAACCAACUUAAGCACCUGAAACGGUUGAAGUUGAAUGGAAACCGAUUCCAAGCUUUGAAUGAUCUGAUCUUUGAGGGGGUCACUGAACUACAUCUAGAAGACACGCUGCUAAAUUGGGAUGAAAUUGCUGCUGUCGCAUCGCAAUUCCCCGGCCUUACAUCUCUCACGGCAUCAGCAAAUCAGCUCUCUGAGAUAACCCGCCCACUCCCCAACACCAUCACCACCUUGACCUUAGAGCACAACGAAUUCACCUCAAUAUCAGCUCUCAGACAUCUCGCCGCUCUCCCGAAUCUGGAGCAUCUCUCCGUCCGAGGAAGUGCUAUUGACACCGUGAAUAAUGACACAACCCCCCUGGACUUCCAAUUCCCCCAAACUCUCCGCUCCCUCGAUCUAUCCCGCAACAAAAUAACCUCAUGGACCUUCCUCAACCAACUCCCAACCCUCUUCCCAGGCCUAACAACCCUCCGAAUCUCCGACAACCCCCUUUUCGACCAACCAACCCUCCCACAAACCAUCACAGCAACAGAACCCUCAAAACCAAUGACACUCGACGAAGCCUUCAUGCUAACCCUCUCCCGCUUCCCGUCAUCACUCACAACCCUAAACUACAGCAUCAUAAAACCAACCGACCGCUCAAACGCAGAGAUGUACUAUCUCUCCCUAAUCGGCAAAGAACUUUCCGCAACAAGCGAAGCAGAAGAACCCGCCAUCCUAUCCACACACCCGCGCUACAGCGAGCUAUGCGAAUUAUACACCGAACCUACCAUCACCAGAGCUGUCAUCUCUUCUUCCGGUUCAAGGGUCAUCCACCCGCGCUCUGUAGCAGCACGAUUGGUCAAAAUGGCAUUCCGUCUUUCCAAGAAUAAGGAGGAUAUAUCAGAAGUCCGCGUGAAAGAGAUUCCUGGCUCUUUCGAUACAUACCAGGUCAAAGCUCUUGUCUCGCGGCUUUUUGGGCUUCCGGCGUUUGGGUUCAAGCUUGUUUGGCAGACGGAUGAGUGGGAUCCUGUUGAGAAAGAGAAUGUCGAGGCCGUUGAUUGGGAUGACAGUGAAGAUGAGGCUUUGGAUGAGCAGGACAUUGUUCUUCCGAAGCACGGUGGCCCUGAUAGUGGGUUUGUGCGGCGGGAGGUUGAGUUGGUUGAUUCGACAAGGGAUAUUGGGUUUCUGUUUCAGGGUGAAGAGGGAGAAGUUAGGGUUCGAGUUGAAGUGCCCUUCGAAUCUACUUUUACGUCUUGA